UUUUCUACUGGAAACGGUGACACCGGAUAAUAAUUAUCUAAUGGACAGAAUACGUGACAAUCAUAUGUAUCGGCAGUGUUUCUCACUCAGACAAUAUAUUGAUUUCAAGAGAAUUUUUCGGGCUAUAAUCAUGUGGAUUUCUCUCGUCAUAACAUUAUUGAUUAGUUGAUUCUUCAACCCUUCAAGAUUCCCUUCUUUAUGUAUUUUCUGGGUAUAUAUAUAAGCCUUUGUUGGAGCUUGUAAUUUGGAUUGGUUUCUUUCAAGUCCUCUCUCUCUCUCUUCUCUCUCUCUCCCUCUGUCUCUGUCUCUGUCUCUGUCUCUCUCUCUCUCUCUAUAUAUAUAUAUAUAUAUCAUCAUUUCAACAUUCCAAGGCAAGUUUGGUUGAUACACAAAACAGUUAACAUUAUUUUGUGUGCAAUAUUAAUAUUAUGGCACAAUUACCUCCAAAAGUUCCAAGCAUGACACCCAAUUGGCCUGACAUUUCACACCAGAAGAUGCCGCCUUCAAUGGGCGGCUGUUUUGCUCCAAAUGGAAAUGCCACAAACGCCACCACAUCCCAAAACCCUUGUUGGGUCGAUGAAUUCCUCGACUUCUCGUCGGUGCGACGGGGAUCCCACCGGAGAUCCGUCAGCGACUCCACCACCUUCCUCGAGGCACCAAUGCAGGAAGAAUGCCGCGUCUCCGUUGCACCUCCAGGCUCGCACUCCCACGCUAACAACAAUCACGAGUUUGAUAGGUUUGACGACGAACAGUUCAUGUCCAUGUUCACCACCGAUGAAAUCUCCGCCGCUGCCGCAACAGUGGGACCCACGGGGUCGUCGUCGAACCCGUCCACGCCUUCCGAUCAUAACAGCAUCAAUGACGAUGAGAAAGAAACGCAGGGGAUUAAUAAGCAGCAGCAGAUCAAUAAGCAGCUAAAGAAUGAAUUUGAAGAGGGGGAAAGCCAAUGCGAACUACAAACCACAUCCAAUGGUAGGAAAAUUGACCCCAAAAGAGUCAAGAGAAUUUUGGCGAACAGACAAUCUGCACAAAGAUCACGGGUGAGGAAGCUGCAAUACGUAUCAGAACUCGAACGAAGUGUUAACUCUCUACAAGCUGAAGUUUCAGUGCUUUCACCAAGGGUUUCAUUUCUUGACCAUCAACGCUUGCUUCUAAAUGUCGACAACAGUGCUCUCAAACAAAGAAUUGCAGCAUUGGCGCAGGAUAAUAUCUUCAAAGACGCUCAUCAAGAAGCAUUAAAGAGGGAAAUAGAGAGACUAAGGCAAGUAUAUCACCAACAAAACGUCAAGAAGAUGGAGAGGGUCGCACAAUCACCAACCUCUCUUACACCCCCGUCAGACACCAUAUCAACUACUCCUCCUCCUGAUCAAGGGGAACACCUUCUCAACGUGUCCUCAUCCUGAUCAUCAUCAUUAAUUGCCUAUUCAAGAAGGAUUUCCUAGAAAGAAUUCACUGUUACUGUCAUGUUAUGGUCGAAAAUAACCAUGUUAGAAGAGUAGAAGAGUAACUUGCAUGAAGCAAGUUUACUGCUACAUGACUUCUUCUUUUAAUAAUACAAUAUCAUGCAUAAAUUUUUAUGAUAUUUCAUUAUUGAACUGCGAUGUUACGUUGCAGAAAGCCAGUUCCAUCCAAGUGCUGGCUCCAAUGCAAACAGUUUAAGACACAUUCUCCAUCAGCAGUCACUACUACUUGUCCUAGCCACUAGCUAGCGAGGAGGAGAAGUCACAUUCUUGGGUGACUUGAUCUGCUGCUGCUGCUGCUAACCUGUGGAACCACGUGAUGUGUUUAGCUUUACAGAAAGGGACCACUCAGAAAAUGAAUGAUUGGGUUUGCAGGGAAGAACAUGUGCAUUGUCCUUCUUACAAACAUAAAAAAGAAGAAUUAGGGUCGGAUUUGCUUUAAAGCUGAUUUGGGGUGUGGAGUGUGAUGCGUUCAUUCUUUUGAUAUUUAUAUCAUUUUUUUUUCUCAUUAAUUUUUCUUUUCUUUUGGAUUAAUUAGUGGGAGAAGGCAAAGUAUGGUGGGGAUGUGUUGGGAUGAGCAAAAGUAAGGGUUGUCAGGGAGGUGCUUUGAUGACAGAUUUAUUGUACAUUUUAGUGUAUUUGCUUGUUUGUAACACCUUCAUUUGUUGCAUUAAUUCAACGAAAUUUUUCGUUUUGAAUAAUACUUAGCAUCCUUCCAUUAGAAGA